UCUGCACCUAGGUGGGAGCAAGCAAGACUCCUCUUGUUGUGGGCCCAUCUUAUUCCAUAGGAAAAGCCAGCAGAAUGUCUGAUGGUCGUAUACAGCAGAACCCCGGACCGGCAGCUUACAUGUUACCCUCCACCGAUAUUAAUAUGAGUAAAGCACCGGCUUAUUCUAUAUCCACGAAGGCAGUGCCACCCAGAGGUGCUACCUGGUCUCCUGGACCAGCCGCUCACAGCGCUCAUAUGGUUAAAUAUGAUAAAUACAGCACUCCUCGAAUCACCUUUGGAAUCAAGCACAGCCCUUUCAAGGCUCUUCCUGGAUUUGAUACUCAGAAAUGACUUUUCAGAUAAAUAAGAAAACAAUUUAUCCAUUUAGAGAAGUAUUUUCUUAAUAAAAAGAAGAUAUUCUCUCUGCUGCUUACUUUCAUAUUUUAUUAAACAUCGAAAUAAUUAACAUCAAUGGAAAAUAAAUAGUGCCAGUUAACACCUUUCUUGGGUUCUAAAUUAAUUUAGCUAGCUCACUUAAAAUCACAUUAAGGUAUCAUUUGAAUUUUUUCUACAACAAUGUCUAACUGUAAACAAACACACACAGAAUUAAAUUAAUUUUAAAUUUGUUCUACCGCAUCACUUGUGAGGAGUUAAAAUACAUAAAGUUACCAUACAACUGGACCUGGUUUAAAACAAGCUUCUUCACAUUUGUUAUACUUUUAAUAAUUUAAUCUAACCUUUUUAGAAGCUAACAAGUGUGGCAGUGAAACGGGCGAUUUGGCAACCCUGGAAAUAACAAUUUACGUUAGAAAUUAGGAAACGGGAGAGGUGCCAUCUGGUCAACAAAUCUUCCCCAUUGAUCCUGAUUUCGGUGUUCAGUUCAUGGAGGUAGGAAGUCAAGGUCCGUAGAAAGAAGGUUCUUUGGAACCUUGGG